GAGGAUAAAUAAUCCGUUCGUCAGCUGAAAGGUAGCCUUUCGUUAAUUCCGAGCAAAUUAACAUAACAAUGGAUGGACCGUUUUUACAUCAAUUGAUUACAGCACCUGUAAAAAAUGUUCUCAAAUUACAGCGAAUCAAGAAUUUCAUCAUCAUUGAAUGAUUUCAAAAGAUGCGUGAGGUGCAUGCUUCAGGGGAAUUUUUAUUGAUGUGGACAGGAUUCACUGAAUGGCUAAGUACACGACUGACAUUAAUAAUUUUGCUCAGAGUCACGGAUGUAUUUAUCUGCAAUGAUUUGAGAAAUGGAAUAUUUUUCGUCUGCGAAUGAUAUAUAAGCAAAAUCUUGUACAAUGGAAGAACCCAAGAUCUUGUACGAACGAGGCUUACACUCCCACAUUUGUGGAGCAUGUGGCAAAUGUAAUCACCCAUGGAAUUUGGAUCAUACCUUCAUUGAUUGCAGCAAUAGAAUUGUUACAACGUUCCAUGACAUGGACACAAUUUUUGUCUGCUACUAUUUAUGGAACAUCUUUGCUUCUUGUCUUCACUGUGUCAACCUUUUUCCAUUGUGUCCAUUAUCAUAAGCAAAAUGGACAAUUAAAAGACGCGCUUCAUCGAUUUGAUCGUGCGAUGAUCUACAUUUUUAUAGCUGCCACAUAUUUUCCCUGGUUAAACAAUGAGCGCUUCCAAACGCAUGUAACUUUGUCUACAAUGAGAAUUUUAAUAUGGAUCAUGGCAAGUCUCGGUAUUCUCUAUCAACAAAUAUUCCACGAGCGAUAUAAAAAGCUUGAAACUGUUUUUUACUUAGUUAUGGGUGUAGGACCCAGUAUAGCAAUUGUCGAUAUUAAUGAAUAUAACGAUAUAAUAGAGCUCAAAAUGGGAGGAUUAAUGUAUAUAAUAGGAAUAAUAUUUUUUAAAUCUGAUGGACGAAUUCCUUGUGCCCAUGCUAUUUGGCAUAUGUUUGUUGCCUCAGGAGCUGCUUUUCAUUAUUUUGCAAUUUUAAAUAAUCUUUAUCCAAUGGCUGACGAUGAUAAAGGCUCCAAAACUCUGACAAAUCCUAUUUUAACCAAUUUUAUAGAAUCUCAUUUAGAACUUUAAAAUUUCUAGGUGUCUUAAAAUCUCCAAUUUUAAAUCAAUUUACAAAUCAAUAUCGAUUGAUAUUUUAAAUUUUAUAUAUUUUAUAAGCAUGAUAUUAAAAUUUUUGAGAAUAAACGCAGUAGAAUUCUCAAAAACUAUAUAAGAAAAAAAAAAAAAAAAAAAAGAAAGAAACAUCACUGCUAAAUAAAGUGCCACUGA